AUGGAAUUGACUCGGCGCUUUUUGUCGCAGGGCAGACGUUUCCCUAGUCAGCGACUUGCUUCCUCUCACAUCUCAAAAUCUGCUCGCUUCCAUGCCCGUAAACGUCCACGUUUGCUGCCCUAUCUGUCUGUAGCAGUGGGGAUAGGCGCUGCAUCCCUGGUGAUGGCUAUGUCACCUAAUGAUGCAAGGCGACUACGCACCACUCUACACAUGGGAGUGUUAAUUCUUCAUGAGAGCAAAUUUGUGGCAACAUUUGAAGAAGCAGCGUCGCUGGUGACGCAAUGGAGGAAGAUCGUGAGCCGUGGUGGCGUGGAGGAUGAGCUUUUUAAGCGUCUACUGAACUGUAUCCUACGUCAUUCAGACGACAUGCAGAGCCACGAUACUUUGCGCUUUCUCAUAGAUCAAGGAACAUUGCCUCUGCUAGUCGAGUAUAUUGCAUGGAGCAAGCCCGCAGAUCGGACAAGGCUACAACAUCUAAUCCGCUGUCUUAUCUUACUACUGGAGGCUGCUACAGCAAUUGGACAAACGGAACUGCGAGUGUCGUUAGCGUCGUUAGCCCAGACUGUGAGUCUCUUUGCCCAAUAUAAGGACAAUGUCGUGAGCUGCGAUGAUCUGCUGCGAUUAGGCGACGCUCUGUUAAAGAUGAAGGACUUGGCUUGUAAGGAAAUGGAAGAAGGCACGGCUGCGUCUCAAGCUUUUGCGGUUUGCCGCUCAGAACUGGCAACUUCAGACUCCUCGCAUGUUGCUGAGAGUUGUGCUGCUCUGCUGACACUUUGCUCUCCAGAUAUGCCGGUCUCCAUGAAAAAGGUUGGAUUGUGGGCACUUAACGCUCUUGUACAGGCGGUCAAUCGAGAGAAAUCAAAUGCUGUACAGGCACAGCAGCUGGAAGCAGUCUUAGGACCGAGGUUUGCCACCAUGCUGCUAGCACUUCCACGGGAUAGUGCCUUGGACGUGCAAUUACAGGCUGCUACAGUGGUGGAUAGUAUACUCCAUGUCGCUCGGCGAAACCCAGCUGCAGUGACGCGUGAGACGUACGAGUUAUGGAUGGAGCAGAUACGCUAUUGGACAGGCACCGAACAAAUUGAAGACGAGCUGAAGCCUACGAACCGAUUCUGGAUUCGACGGAAAUCUGGUCAAUUUGCCUUAAGCGAGAAUGAAGAAAUCAAGCAAGAAAGACACACAUCACGCUUACAACUUCAGCUAAUCAGCUCACGAUGCAUGCGCACCCUUACAGUAUCUCCGCAAAGCCGCCGCUACGUUUGCGAGUCUCCGAAGACGAUAGCAGCACUUUUCAAGCUAUCGCGUCAGAUUCACGAGAAGAAGCAGACGAACGAAAACACAAGUGACGAAGAUUUGGCAAGAAAAUUGAGAAGUCUUCAGCGGCAUGCAUCGUGGGCAUUUCGCAACAUUUGUACUGGAUUUCAAAGUGGCGCGAUGGCACUUCAUUGCUUGUUUGAUGUAUCCUCGACGGCAUCUCUUUUGCAAUCUCGUCGAGACAUGCCCAUGUCACGUUUUUUCCACGGCAGUAAUGAUCUCACAGACUUACCCAUCAUAGGUGCUGAUGAGUAUGAGGCUAGCACUGAGUUUGGGUGGAUCGACAUUUUGACUGCUUGGAGCGCCAACCCGGAUCUCCAUGUGCGUAAAAACGCUAUCACUAGUCUUGUGUACCUUGCUGAGCAGCGUCGGCCACGUAUUAUGGGGCUACUGUCCGAGGACGAGAGGGUGAUCCGCAGCAAGCAAAAGCAUAUUCUCCAAGCGUGGCUCACAAAUAUGCUUCAGCAAAUUCGUUUACUAUCGGGUGGCGAACUCCUUGCAGUGAAGCAAGUGGAGGAGAUCGCCAACGUAUCGAAGGAGCUGACCCCCGGCAACGAGCAAAUUCUGUUUAAUCUCGCGGUUGUCGAUGCGGGGACGUCAGCUUUAGCUGUUUUGGCGGAACACCACCACGCUGAGCUAGUGCAGCAGGGUGUAGUUCCUCUUGUAGCCUUGCUAGCUGCAACUAAUGACAGCACAAUAGCGCAACAUACACAGUGCGCACGUGUGUUGGCGAACCUAGUUGCUACAUAUUGUCUUGACAUCGACCCGCGAAGCUCCGCGCUUUCCAUUGAUCCGGCCCGGGAUAAUGUUAUCAGCGACCACGUCGACAUCUCGAAACUUCUUGAGGAGUCGGUAUCCGGGAAGCAAUUUCUCGGUAACAUCUGUCGCUGGCAUGAGGUCGAUGACCCAAUGCAGCGCUCGAGUUACUUUCGUGUCGUACAGAAUUUUAGCGCCUAUAACGAAGGAGUGAAAACAGGUCGCCUGGUGAAGGAUGUGUACUGUGAAGGUGUACACCCGAUAAUCUCUCAAAGCGACAUCGAUGCUAUGGAGCAACCCACAGACGACGAAAGUGCUGCCCGGCUGAUCGAUGUGGUUUUCAUUCAUGGCCUGCGUGGACAUCCUUUUGGUACAUGGCGCACCGAUAUGAGUAAGAAGCCAGGCGGACACAAUGAGAUUUGGCCGGACGUGCUGCUCGCAAAGGACUUACAGAGCCAUAAUUUACGUGCUCGGUUAGUGACUCUGGGUUAUGAAGCUGGUAUGGUGAGUUGGUCUAGCCCGUGGCCUUCGCUAACUCUAGAGGAGCGUGCAAGCGUCAUGCUUUCAGCCCUCUACGCUGCUAAUAUUGGCUGCGACCGCCGCCAUCCUGGCGCACCCUCUCGUCCUGUCGUGUUCAUCGCGCAUUCGAUGGGUGGUUUACUGACGAAAAAGAUGCUUUUGCUCGCGCGUGGGCAGCGCGAUCAACCUAGCCUGGCUGACAGCACUACAGGAAUAAUAUUUCUUGCUGUUCCCCACUUUGGCUCCGACCUAGCGAACGGCAUGCGGUCGGAGUCGAUUCGAAAAUUAUUUCAGACGCAUCCAGCCAUUGAACAUCUCGUAGCAGACCCCGACGGAUGUCUCAAAAUUUUAAAUGAUAAGUUCAAGUUACUAGGCAUCGACUGCCUCAGUGUCGGCGAGCAGAGCGCUUCGCCGGUGGCUCUUGGCCUCUCCGCUGUUGUCGUCAAAUCUGACUCGGCUGAUCCAGGUAUAGGCCGCUUUUACGUGCUACCCAAGUCCGACCACAUGACAAUCUGUAAGGUCAAAAGCCGCCGCGAGCCACUUUACCAAGAUAUGCUUCAAUUUAUCGUCCAGCAUGCCACAAUGGUUGGUGGUACUCAUUCGCGGCAACAGUCACUUAAUCGUCAAAAAGCGCCUUUAAACGACGAACAUGACUAUUGA